GCCUUACAUAAAACAUGGCUGAGCCUACAGCAUCAUCCCUACCACCUCCCCGCCGAGUUGUGACCGGCCACAACGCCAACGGUCAGGCAACAGUAGCCUUCGACUCCCACCUCACGCCGCAGCCCGUGGGAGAUGGCAACAACUUGACAAUACUGUGGUCGACGAGUGAACAUCCCGCAAACGUCAGUGGCUCCGAAGAUGCAGCACUAUCGCCUCGGAGUUGGCCACCCACGGGCACUGGAAUAUCCGCUUAUGAUUUGCCCCCGAAAGCAGAGGGAGUGUUUCAUCGCUCUAUUACGCUUGACUACGUGAUAGUGGGCAAGGGAAGCGUUGUUUUGAGCUUAGACGAUGGCUCAAAAGUGAUAUUGAAUGAGGGCGAUGUGGUUGUCCAGCGAGCAACGAUGCAUGGUUGGAGCAAUGUAACCGACCAGUGGGCACGGAUAUAUGGAAUGAUGGUCCCAGCGCAAGCGCCUAUUGUGAAUGGGACGGAACUGAAGGAGGAUUGGCCUUUUUGAGACUUCAUUUGCUCGUUUUGUUUACCGGCGUUUGGUCGCUCGCCUGAGAAAAGGGUUUCUUCUGUGUCAUUCAACGAAUUUAUCACCUGGACAACUAUGUCGAUCUCAGAUGUGGAACGAGAGGUCUAUGUUUCCCAAUUUGGUAUAUUCCGCCACAGCUGUUGUGAAGUGCCCUUCGGGGUUAGGAGACAGCUGGGCAAAGUUGUUCAAUUUCAACUUGGUGGGCGAAUUAGAACUCUAUGACUUUUCUUUGAAUAUCUAUUGCAGUAACAUCAAUGGAGUUCGAAACACAGCUUGAUAUUCUCUGCUGAGCGUUUCAGUACUCGUUAAACUGGUAUCAUAUAUCUAUGGUCAUUAUUCUCGGAGCCUGUCUUUCCACCUUUUGCCAUUGAUAGAAAAAAGUACGUGAAGCAUUGAUUAUUAGCAGUAAAACUUAG